AGCACAUAUUACCUGUAGGCCAUGUAGAGGUGGUGUUUAUUAGCAAAUCCCUGAAUGAGUGGAACCUAAAAUAUCCAGUAUUUGUUUCCUUCGGUAUCUUUACACGAGCGUACAACACUAUGAUGCUGCUGCGAUGCUCGACCUUAUAGCAAUAGUUAAUGUAAUAUGGUUUUUGUUAGCGCUAUGUUUUAUAAUAGCCUUUUGUCUCCAUAAGUUUUCACUGCAACUGCCUGACAGCCUCGAGCACGUGUUUCAGGAUUUAAUCCGAUAUGGAAAAACUAAAGAACACGUCAAGCGCCCAAGCUGGCAGCUCGUUUUUGACGUAUCAAAAAGGUGUUUCUAUCAUUUCUAUGCGGUGUCUGUCAUGUGGAAUGGGCUGCUCUUACUAUUCUCCGUACGUUCUGUCGUCAUGAACGAGCCUCUCCCUGAUUGGCUAAUUAACGCGCUGUGGUGUUUGACUGGCAGACCAAGAGCUGCUUGGAACGAGUUACAUCUCUCCAUUCUGCUUUUACAAGUGCUACUAUGGGUCCAUUCCUUCAGACGGCUAUUGGAGUGCCUGUUUGUCAGCGUGUUUUCUAAUGGUGUUAUCCAUGUUGUCCAGUAUGCAUUUGGUUUGGGUUACUAUGUCCUACUUGGACUAACUGUCCUGUGUAUAAAUGCCUCUCUGCCACAAUCGGGGUCUUUGCCUCUUUUUAAUCAGCUCGCAUGGCAUCAUGUAAUUGGGACUCUUCUUUUCAUCUGGGCAUCACUCCUCCAGAACCGGUCCCUCUCACUGCUGGCCAAGAUGAGAACUGACAGCUCAGGUAAAGUAGAGACUCUGGCCCACAAGAUGCCACAUGGGGGCUGGUUUGAGCUGGUCUCUUGUCCACAUUACCUGGCUGAGCUCCUGAUUUAUGUUGCCAUGAGUGUUUGUUGUGGCUGCAGUUCCCUAACCUGGUGGCUGGUGGUACUGUAUGUACUCUGUAACCAGGCACUGGCUGCACAGCUCUGUCAUGAUUACUACAAGAGCAAGUUUGAGACUUAUCCACGUCAACGCAAAGCUUUUAUUCCAUUUGUCCUGUGAUUUUUAUGUAAAAGGCUCUUUUAUAUGGAAAUAAGUAUCUAUUUAAUAAACUACUAACUAAACAAAAACAGACAAUCUUAAUGUCUCCCUUUUAAAUGGGGACAACUGACAUGUUGAUCAUGCAUGUUUAAUGUGCAAGGACAAGGAGGGUAAUACACACAACAUGACCUAAAUGGAGUGUGGCCCUGACACGGAUUGACCUUAGAAGGUGACUGACAGCAGCUGCUUGCUUAUAGACUUAGUUACUAUGAGAUGUCAGCAAAUGACUUAAAAAGGAAGUGGCUUACCACAUGUUAACUACCUGAAAGCAGCUUCCCCGGCAUCUAGAAUUUAAACUUGUAAAAGGAGAGUUUUAAGUUUUAAAGUUUCCUGGCUACUGAUCAAUUCAUAACAGUUUUAUAUGUUUGUUUAUUUUACUUUAAUUACACUUGUAUAUGCACUAGGAUUUUGAACAAACCAUAAGCAAAUACAAAUAAAGAAAGGUUAACAAUAUAAUAGUGGAAAUAAUGAUGGAAUACAAUGGGCAUCUACAAGAUUUUAAAACUUUACGAAUUAGUUUAAAAAAUCUUAAGGUCAGUAUUACAAAACAGUGUAUAGAAGUGUUUAUGUACCCACCAUUGUUCAAACAAUUCACACAGCUUUUAUCUUUUAUUUACACGUAAGCCAACUAUAUGAAUAACGACGAUCAAUAUUUUAAUUUCGUGUAAACAAGAUGCCAUUUGCAAUUGAAGCAAACCAUAUCUAUUACUAUUUCAGCUCGGCUGCUAAUAAUAACAUUGUAAAAAUGUAAGAAGCCAAACUCGUAUUUGUAAAUAAGUGUGGUUACUGAGACAGCGAGAUCCCAAUCUCUCACUUCCCUUUGGCGUUGUAACUCUACCUAUCAUGAAAGUGUUCCUCAUACGUCAUUGACGCUAACGUUUCAACCAAUAGCCUAGCCCAGUUUCACUGACGUAUGUCUCUGCUGUACACGUUUACCUCUCUACUGGCCAAUCGCGGUUAGUUUUCAACCGACAAUUUUGUCUUUGCCUUGGUAUCAGUCUUUCAGCGAAAAUGACCACGGUGGGCUAGCCAGAUCAUAGCGCCGUAACGUUAAUGUAUAUAAAUUAGCCAUUUUAUUAGCUUGAUUUGCAAAGUAUUACCACAGCAGAA